AUGGACUUUUCCUCUUCCAACCUCAACCAACAUAUGGAUUUUCACAGACCCUCCUCGACCCUGAGUCACAUGGACCGGAAACCCUCUACCUUCAGCUUCGACGACAACGCCACGCUCGACUCUAACAUCCUGGACACGCCCGUCCUCAUGUCGCCCACCACCAGCACACAGGGCAUCUUCUCGCCAGACACCUCCAUCUGGGAGGACUUCUCUUCCGCCGGCCAGUUUGUCGACCGCACAGCCACCAGCUCCGUUGUCAACACAAACGGCAACAACCCCUUCUUCACGGAGCAGAGCAACAACCCCUUUGCCCGUCUGCCCCCAAACCAGGCCGCAACCUAUGGCCAACAGACGUGGCCAAUGGCCGACAACUCUGGUUCCCGGACGCCGACUGCACCCAAACCGUUAAAUCCUUUUGGUCCUGGCGACUUUGGCGCUGCCACAUUCGCACCCGAGGCCCAGCAACAUAUGCAAUACCAUGGAGUCCCCAUUAACAACAACGUCCGUCCCAGCGCCGUCUUCGCUCCGUCCGUUCCUGAGCAGCCCAUGUCGCCGCACACGCACUCCGAGUGGAUGACCUUCAACCAGCAAGAGAUGGACGCACGGCCCGGACCCAAGCGUAUGAGGCCCAACACGCCCCCGCCCCGUUCCUUUUCUCCCCGCCGUGACGGUGGCAUCAGGAAGAAGAACGCCCGCUUCGACAUCCCGGCCGAGCGCAACCUCCUCAACAUCGACAACCUCAUCCAGAGCUGCACCAACGAGGACGAUCUCAAGGAGCUCAAGCAACAAAAACGACUCCUCCGCAACAGACAGGCCGCGUACGUACUCCCUUUUGGUCUUUGGUUCCGCGUUCCUCGCCUGGUCCCAAGCGCCAUUUGGUUCAUGCGGAAGAAGAAGCACACUGAAGAGCUCGAGGAAGAGAAGAAGCAGUGGAUCGAGAAGAUGUGCGGCAUGGAAGAGGAGUUUGGCCGCAUGCGAAUUGAGUACGAUGCCUUGAUCGCCGAGAAGGAGAACUGGCACCGUGAGUCCAUGGACAUGCACCACAUGAUCAACCAGCUGCAGUUCGACAAGGAGGAGCUCGUCCGUACCCACACUCUCGAGACUGGAGAGCUUCGUAAGAAGGUUUCGAUCCUCACUGAGCGUCUUGAGAAUGCUUCUGGCAACGCACCACCUUCACCGACUUCGCCUCGGAGAUGGACAACCUUCAACAUGGGCAGCAGUGACUGGGACAACUACAUCUUCGUCAACGACUUCGCCUCCGACGAGCAGACGCCACAGAGCAACGACCAGAACCUCGCUGUUGUCCCUCGCUCCAAGGACGAGGACAAGCCAGUCGCUUCUGGUCUACUGCUGAUGCUGCUGCUUUGCGGCGCCUUCGUCGCUAGCAAGUCUGGCAACGCUGCGCCCCCGAUCCCUCAGCACUCGUUCAAGGAUGCUGGUGUCUCGACCACCCUGGCUGAGCAGAACCUGGUUGCCAACACCGUCUCCGCCUUCGAGCCCGGCCCAUCCGGUGUCGCUUGGCCCAAGACGACUCUCUCUGGCUCUGAACUCGCUGGCAUCUCUGGCUCUCACCUCGACCAACUGCACUCUCACCUCGCUGGAACCACAAAGGACCAGGAGGCUGAGCAGCUCUUCUCCAUCACACCUGCGCAGUACAACAGCAUGACAUCUUUGGACUUCACUCGCGGCCGCUACAGUCUCACCAGUGACGAUAUGAGCGACCCGCUUUCCCCUGGCUCACCCCCAACCUUCGCAUCGCCGCAACCUUGCGGAGACAACAAGGGCGACUCAGCUGCCGAGAUCUACACACGAAGUCUGCUUUGGGACAAGAUCGCUCCCGAAGUUGUUCACGAGUUCAAGCGUAUCGUCGAGGAGUCUGCCGCCAUGUCACGACCCACCACCGCCGAUGGCCCCAAGGCUGAGCCUAUCAGCUAA